CCGCGAUGCCCCUGCACCGGUUCCCGGUCGCGCUGUGGAAGCGGCUCCGGCUGCGGGACGGCAUCUGCGCCCGCCUGCCCGGGCACUACCUGCGCUCGCUGGAGGACACGCGGGCGCCCACGCCCGUGCACUACCGGCCCCACGGAGCCCCGUUCAAGGUCAACCCCAAGAAUGGGCAGCGCGAGCGCGUGCAGGACGUGCCCAUCCCGGUCCACUACCCCCGGGAGUCGCAGCUGGGGCUGUGGGGCGGCGAAGGCUGGGUCCUGGGCUACAGGUACCUCGGGGACGACAAGCUCGGCAAGCGCGUGCGGAAGGUGUGGAAGCCGCAGCUGUUCCGGCGCGAGCUCUAUAGCGAGAUCCUGGACGCCACCUUCGCCGUGACGGUGACCAUGCGCACCCUGGACCUCAUCGACGCGGCCUUCGGGUUCGACUUCUACAUCCUCAAGACGCCGCCGGAGGACCUGUGCUCGAAGUUCGGCAUGGACCUCAAGCGGGGCAUGCUGCUGCGCCUCGCCCGCCAGGACCCCCAGCUGCACCCACAGGACCCCGGCAGGCGAGCCGCCAUCUACCGCAAGUACCAGGAGUUUGCCGUGCCAGAGGCGGAGGCCGAGUGGGUCGGGCUGACGCUGGAGGAGGCGCUGGAGAAGCAGAGGCUUCUGGAGGAGCAGGACCCCACCCCCCUGUUCAAGGUCUACACAGAGGAGCUGGUCAGGCGGCUUCAGCACCAGGCGCUGUCCGAGCCUGCGGCCAUGGUGCCAGGGCGGGCCGGCGGAGCCCUGUCAGUCGGCAUCUUCCCCUACGUGCUCAAGCUGCUGCAGAGCUCGGCCAGGGAGCUGCGGCCCCUGCUCGUCUUCAUCUGGGCCAAGAUCCUCGCCGUGGACAGCGGCAUGCGCCCCCACCUGUUCCGGACACCCCCGGCCAGCAUGCUGUCCCACUUUGCUGGUGGCCACUUGACUCGGCCCCCACAGUCCCCACCUACUGGACCGUCUGUUGGACCCCUGGACACAUCCCAGAGUCAGAAUCUUCCAGCAGGGCUCACCGGCGUCGCUGCUGUGCCCUUCGACUUCGACCUGCGGGGGGGCCCUGAGGGGCUGGAGGCCACCCCAGGACCUGUUGUGGCCCAACAUGGGCCCGGAGGAGGACGGACAUGGACACAGCCCCAGGGGCCUGGCCUGGCCGCAGCAGCAGCUCUGCAGAACCAAGGCAAGACCGGGGCAGCGGCCGGGUGGGGGGCUGAGGACUGGGGCUGCGGCAAGGUGGUGGCCGGGCCAGGUGGCGGCCAGGCGGUGCUGCAGGGCCCGGUCUGCACUGGCCUGGGAGAGGCGGGCAGGUGCGCCGGGCAAGGCCUCAGCUGGUCCUCGGCCCCGGGAGCACAGAGUCCCACCCGGACAGCCAGCGUUGGCCGGGAGACGGCUGUGUCCGCGUCCGAGGCCCGGCUGCCCGGCGUCCGGGCCCAGGGAGCACCAGCCCGCCACUCGGGGCGCAGGCAGUCUGGACCCCACCAGGGUUCAACGGCCCCACUCCCGGGACACCUGGUCGCCCUGCGCGCCUGGCAGAUGACCGCCUUCAAGGGGCCUCCUGCCCAGGGACAGGGCCUCCGCUGCCUGUGGCCACGCUGCCUGCCUGCACCAGCUGCUUGUGCCAGUGGGGUGCGGGCUGGGUCUGUGGGCGCGACCUCACACCCCUGA